ACUGGUUUAUUGUUUUGAUUUAUCGGGCGCUGUUUUCUCUUGUGUUAUGGCUAGUUUAUCAAUUUAACUAAGUAUUUAAAAGCCGCAGUACUCCCGGGGAGCUACUUAGACCCAAAUAAUUUGAACAAGCUCAAGCGUUGCUGUUGACUAAGAUGGUUUUCUCCAAGAUAAGCUAAGGUUAGCUGCCCGGCUAACACACGUAGCUCUGGUAGCAACAUGACGAUGAUGAAGAGCUGUGUGUAGGAGCGACCGAGCAGACAUCGGAUCGCGUCGAUUUCCCCUCUCUUUGACGGUCUUGGUUUUGCAGGAGUGACUCGUCUUUGUGUGUUGAAAGCCACAAAGCAGCUUUUAAAGCAAACAACCGUUGCAGGUUACAUCUGACCAGGAUUUUUUUUUUUUUUUUUUAUCUUCUGAGAGCUAGUGUUUGCAUCACUAUCUCAUUAUUUCAAUGGGGGAGGAAAAGCCGGACACGCUGGACUUUGUGAAGGAUUUCCAGGAGUAUCUGAGCCAGCAGACUCAACAUGUCAACAUGAUAUCAGGUUCCGUAAGCGGCGUCAAGGAGGCGGACGAGCUGCCAGCAGACUGUAGUCAGAAUGGACUGGAUCACCCCUCAGUGGACAUGUCACUGGAGGACAACUCAGGGAUCUUGGUGGAUGGUUUUGAGAGGACCUAUGAUGGCAAGCUCAAGUGCCGAUACUGCAACUAUGCCACCAGAGGCACUGCACGACUCAUUGAGCACAUCCGAAUCCACACUGGAGAGAAACCUCACCGCUGCCACCUCUGCCCAUUUGCGUCGGCCUACGAGCGUCACCUGGAGGCCCACAUGCGAUCUCACACAGGGGAGAAGCCUUACAAGUGUGAGCUGUGCUCCUUCCGCUGCAGUGAUCGCAGCAACUUGUCGCACCAUCGCCGCAGACGUCACAAACUCCUGCCAAUGAAAGGUGCUCGCUCCCUCUCCCAUAAGAAGAUGCUGAGUGUUUUACAAAAAAAAGCCAGCUCACUGGGUUAUGGACGCCGGCUGCUCAUCAACUUCAGCCCCCCCUCCAUGGUGGUGCAUAAGGCUGACAAUGUGAAUGACUUCUCCCAUGAGCUGCCCCAUUUACGCCAGGAAACCUAUGAUAACCAGAGUCGAGCAGUUGAAGACGGGCUUUCUACCAAUCAAAAUCACCAUCACCAUGACAUGGUCAUGGACAACCCCCUCAACCAAUUGUCCACACUAGCAGGCCAGUUGGCCAGCCUCCCCUCAGAGUCACAGGCCCAGUCUCAACCUCCCAUGUCUCCAGGAGCUGAGUCCAUUGUCGAUGAGAAGCCCUUUCUCAUCCAGCAGCCACACCCUGCCACAGCUCCUGUGGCUGUCACAGCCAGCAUGGCUCAUGCUUCUUCCUCUUCCCCAAUCACCCCAGAGCCCCGUGGUCCUGCACACAGUAAUUGUAGUCCUGGGGUGGGACCCUGCAGCGACCACAGUGGGCGCACAAGCACUCCUAGUAUCUCCAACAGCCAGCCCAGUACACCAGCCCCAGGGCUGUCUGCUCCACUUCAGGACCCUCACAUGCUGCAUCACUGCCAGCACUGUGACAUCUACUUCCCCGAUAACAUCCUGUACACCAUUCAUAUGGGCUGCCACGGCUACGAGAACCCAUUCCAGUGCAACAUCUGUGGCUGCAAGUGCAAGAGCAAGUACGACUUUGCCUGCCACUUUGCACGUGGCCAGCACAAAUAAUAGACUUUUAACGGACAGCUUGGUUUUAUCAAAUCCAUAAUGAUUUUAUUUAUUGGUCUUUCACUUGGCCUUUAUGUAGCCUAGUUUUUGAAACUUCUUCUUAACACAGAAAAAUGUCAACAUUAAAAUGUUUUUUAUUUUGUAUAACAAAAGGUGCCCAUUCAAGUAUAAAGGGAUGAUCAGUGUUUUGGACAGGUUGAGAAUUUAUUUAUAGUGGACGCAGUCAUGCACACGUACUGUCAUACAUCUGAAAAACAACUUCCCCCUCGAUAGCAGGCUGCCAAAUUAAUAAUACUGGUUGAAGGAAAAAAAAAAACGUGUGUUGGAUGUUGCUUUAAAUACAUGAAAUAUACUGAUUGAUAAACUAGUAGUUGUAAAAUUCAGACACGUGACCAUUUCCUACAGGUUAUACAGUAUGGCCUCAUUGAAGUGAUGUGCCUGAAAACCAGUGACUAAUGAUGUAUACUUGAAUGGAGUAUCAUGACUGAAACAUAGAGCAGAUACAGAACAUUAGUUGGUCAUUUAACACAUAUUUUGGGGAAAACCACACACUUGGAGUUGCUAACUGCGAUGCUUUUAAUCACUAAGGUGACUUGUGUUUUCUGCAGAUCAAUUCAGUGUGAGCCGCAGAAAUAAAUUCUCAACUCUCCUGGAGCUAUAGCUGAUUAUUGCUUUUGAUGAUGCUAACUCAAGAAUGACACUGUUGGCCUUGAGUGAUUUUACUUGAGCCUUUUGUAAUAAUUUCAGUGCUUGGUGCAUAAUUACUAUUCCUUUGCAGUGCCUGACAUUCUUACGUAUCAAUGAUAGAGGACUGUUACUUCGGAGACAAGUAGUUUUUAUUACAGUAUCCUUUUCUUAUUUUUAUGGACAGACCAGAACCUUAGGGCGAGGGGAUGUGGUCAUUGUAGUUUUCUGUGGUAGCCAUGUUUUUUUUGUUUUUUUUUUGCCAAAACUUUGUUCCAUGAGUGCUGCUAAGAAACUUAAGAUUAAAUGCCAGCUCUACUAUAUGGAUGGCAUUUACAGUGAAAUCUGGCCAAAUUUUGAAUCAGUGGUCUUUGGUCAGCCAGCGAAGUUGCUGAACUAGAUUUUGUUGAAGUUGUGUUGUUUUGGAGCUCCUCAAUACAGCGCCCUUCCUCGACUACAAUCAUAGUAACUUCUCUCACUUUGUUAAAGGGGUUUUGUAUCUUUUAAUGGCAUCAUGUCACAUUCCGAUCUUUUGAUAUUGUAUGAGGUCACUUUGAUAUCCAGUAUCUCUGUGUUUAGGACAGACGUCUUGUGUCUUAUGUGUACACUUUACGUGAAUGGCCACAUUUUAGCCUUUGUGAUAACGCACACACAGAUUCCCCAUUCAUCAUAUGGAUCCCAGUGCUUUUCUGAAUAUUUACUGAGUAUUGUAUGUGAAUGGUUGGAUAGAUGUUCAGUGUCAAAAAAGCAAAAUCGUGUCGCAGUAAGACUGCUACUUAAGCAAGGAUGUCCUGUGUCUUGGGUAGUGUUGUCUGUUGCUUAGCAACAUGUGUGGAGAACAUAGUUAACUGUUUGUAGGACCACCUCCUCACCAGUAACGAGGACAUCCAGUGACGACUGCCUUAUGUUCUCUCGGUGUGUUGUAGGUUCAUAGGUAAUGGUGAAUGUUGAAGCCUUUGGGCGAUCACUCUCUCCUUCUGGGAUAGUGAAUCAUUUUAUUGUGAGAUGGAUUAAUCGAACUAAUUUAUAAGUAAAGUGUUUUAUAACUGAA